UUUUAUGUCGGAGCAGUGCCACAUAAACUGUUUUUAAGUAUUGAUCAAAAUAUUGUUAUUCAGAGCUCAAAGUGAUUUCCGAACACAAUGAAAUACAAUCUGAAAACACGAAAGGACACGAAGGAAACGGAUAACCAUUUUUUUUUGUCUCUAAGUCUUUAUCCCUCCCGAAAGCUUGUGUCUGGGCACGCCACUGCAUCGCAUAUCGAAGCACAUGUGCAGUAAAAAGAAAAUGACUGUGUCGAACGCAGCUGUAAUGCGAGGGAUCGUACAGUUGUUGUGAUCUGUGAAGCUGAAUAGGUGGGCGCAAAACUAACGCACUGGGUGACAAGCGGCAUUUUGGGUAUUGCUGGAGGUAGAUUCGACACGGAACUUGUCGAAGGAACACAAAGGAAGUGCCAGUGGCUAUCGACGGAAGUAUAAUUACAAUCAAAAUGGGAAUGGAAGAGAAAUUGAUUGAGGCAGUGCGUGGUUAUCCAUGUCUGUAUGACACUACAAAUCCUUAUUAUAUAAGGACGAAAUAUAAACAGGAGAUCUGGGGUAAUAUUGCAAAUAAGCUGAACUUAGAAAACGGAAAUGACGCCAAAUAUGCAUGGUCGAAACUUAGGAAUAACCACAGAGAUUCCUUGAGGCGACAAAAACGUUACUUAAGAAGUGGUGCAUCGGCAAAACAUCUUAAAUCAUGGAAGUUUCAAUCGCAGAUGGAGUUUCUAAUAAAGUACAUGGUCAAUGAGAAAGAUGAAACUAAUUUCACCAUCGAGGACGAAGAACCUCCAACGGAGCCAUUGAAUAAACCAGAAAAUUUGGAAAUCAUAGAGAAUGAACCAGAAAAUUUUGAAAUUACAGAGAUUAAAUCAGAAAAUUUGGAUAUUACAGAGAAUAAACCAGAAGAUUUGGAAAUUACAGAGCUGUCCCAAGUAAGCAUGGAUAACGUAGAAAGGACAUCUGAUGCACCGGCAACCGAUCAAAAUGAAUAUUCAACACCUCUCAAAAAAACAAACAGAAAAAGAAAUAAAACGGAUAUUGAAGAGUUGCUGCAUAAAACUCUCGAACAGAGAGAACAGAGGUCGAAGGAACGGAGGGAAGAGAGAAAACAAUUGGUAGAAAAAAUGGGGCAUAAGGACAGCCUUGACUUAUUUUUUAUGUCUAUGUGUGAGAUGACAAAAAAACUGCCUGUAGCAUCUCAGCAUUUCAUUAAAAAUAGUUUAUUUGUGACAGUUUCACAGGAGGAAGCACGAGUGCUGAGCUUUCCUCGAACAAUCUUCCCAACGCAACCCUAUUUUCCUGGAGACAUGAGCACAAGACCAUCAUAUCCUCAGCAAUCGACAGUCCAGUCGAGUAGGUCUCACAUGUCUUCUGCUUCGACUUCACAAUUCCACUCCGAUGAUUCAAAUUAAUUUAUCUUCUUUUAUAUUUUAUGUUUCAUACAACUCAUGUUUUUAUGUUCAUUAUGUAUUAUUUUCGUUUUGUUUUUCAGUUUAUAUGAUUCAUGUUCUAUGUUCAUUAUUAUCAUUCAUUAUCUAUUAUUUAUCAUUUUUGUUUCAGUUUAAUACAUAUAUUCCUUUGUUUGAAAUUACAAGUAAGAUUUUGUAAUUUCACCGUUUUCAAAGAUAUUGUUCUAAAAUGUAAAGAAUUUCAGAACAUUAUAUACCUACGUUUGU